AUGUUUACUGCAACACCAUUCCCACUUGCAAAGGUUACGGAGGGUCAGUUGCAGCUUCUGGGAGAAGGUCUUUGGUGUUGGUCGCCUGAAAAGGACUGCAACACACUCAAUUGCAGUGGCUGCGAGGAGGAAGGAUGCAUUCCUCGACGACUUAAACGACUCUCUUGCUUCUUUGGGCACUAUAAACAAAUUACUUCAUCAUACGAGCCACAAGUCAUAGCCGGCGAGCAUGGCGCUUUCAAAUCACACGAUGAUGUCGUUUGGGUCAUUAGACAGUUGAAGUCACAGCCAGAUAUCCCACGUGGAGAAUUGGUGACCCAGAUUUUCGCAAGCACACGAUUCUCCAAACCUCCACCACCUUCUGAGCAGCAACUCGCAAUCAACUUUGCUGUUCAUAUCAUGUUCAUGGUCAACUGCACUGCUCAACGACAGAGAUUUGGACUCCUUGAGCAUGGAAUGCAGAAGGUGGAAUGGCGGGACGACUUCACACUAGCUCAAUUCAUUGGGGACAUCUUCCAGAUGACGGAUCAUCCAAGCAUUAAUGAUACCGAUACAGUAAUCUCACAGACCAUGAGAACUUCUUUGAUGGCACGAAAGUUGAAGAAAGUUGCAGGUCUGAAAUUUAGACCCACGGAUGAUCUACGAAACCAUCUCAAAUUGGACGAGAAAACUGGCAUGGUGGACGUGUUCCACCACACGGCUUUCCUGAAGGAGCAUUUGAGACUGACCAAAAAUGCACCAGCUGAUAUCUCAAUAACAGAAUGCUUGAGAAGGGGAGCGCUUCCGCGUCAACUUGCACUCGAAGCGCUCGAUUCAAUUCAGAAGAUUCUCUUUCCCCUCUCGGAUACCAAAUCGUAUUCUCUCCUCCGCUCGCUCACCUCAACCGCAUCCUUCGACCCCGACUGCCUGCGCUUCGAAUCAACAUCAGUCCGCAAUCCUCACGAGAAGGACAUCCAAUAUCUCUACUUCGGCUCACGUCUCGCAGAUCUAUUUGAGGAACUAGAGAAUCCAAGGCCGCGAAGCUGGGUAGAGAAGUUUCUAGAACGGAAGAGUCGAGCUAGACAUGUGAUGAUGACAACUGUCAUUGGAGUUGCGGUCGCCAUUUUUCUGGGUGUUGCAAGCCUGGGUGUUGGAGCAUAUCAGGCAUGGGUCGGAUAUCAGCAAUGGCGGCAUCCGAUCUCAACUGGUUCUGGAUAGAAUACCAGAUAUCGCUUUGCCAGGUGGAGUGUGUAGAGAAAAAAAGAGUGUGUUAAGAGAGAAGUGGAAGGUUUGUGGAGAAGCCAUGAAAGUACCCAGAAUGUGAGGACCAAUGUUGGUUCACUACCAGCUGUUCUGUCUUCAUCUUAAAGAUUUUCUAGGAUUUGAGACAGAAGUGCUUUGGAUUUGAAGA